AUGCCAUACGUUGGCGUCGUCGAUUUCGUGCGGGAUUCUGUGAUUUUUGUAUACAUGCUUGCCUCAACUGUUUCCUUUGCCUCCAUUUUGUUGUACAAAUAUCCGCAAGUAUGCCAUUCCAUUCCCCUCCUCAGAACUAUCUUUCUAUUCGGCAAAUGCGCCCCAAUCAAGGAGAGUAAAUACCCCUUACUUCAAGUCCCUAAGCGAUUUUUUGCGCAUUUCUACGUAACCGCUGUGAUUGUUUCUCUGCUGACAUUACUUGUGGCAUUAUACCGUCAUUGUUCUGCGACUGCCACGAACGCUGCACUUUUGGCGAUGUUUUGCCAUGCGCUAAAGCGUCUCUAUGAAAACCUCUUCGUGCAUGUUUUUUCCAAUAGCAAAAUGUCUGUUGCUCAUUAUUUUAUUGGUCAUUUCUUCUACCUAACUAUGUCCCCCUGUAUCUAUUGGAGCAGUCGGUAUGCAGAUAAACGUGGAAUGGUUUCUGUGAUCAGUUACAUGUUUUGCGCUGUUCUUAUAAUGACGCUACAACAUCUCGUGAUGCGGCAGCUCGCACAUACUCGGAUAUGUGCAUCCAAGGAUAAGCAAAACACAUAUCUAGUGCCAAAGGGAUAUAUGUUUACAUACGUCACAUGCCCACAUUUUUCUCUGGAGAUUGCUCUCUACGUGUUAAAUUAUGUCUUUCUGGGUUUCCACUUGAUGCCCUUUACUGCCGUCUUCCUCUUCGUCCUAUCCAAUCAGCUGUGCAGCGGUGUCAUCAACCACCUUUGGUAUUUGGAGCACUUUUCAGAAUUUGCGCAAUCACGGAAAAUACUUAUUCCCUUCAUAUUUUGA